CAGGUGGGUGCAUGUGAAGCUGUGGGAAACAUACUCCUCCGACAGCUAUGGAGAACGCGUCAAAUUUAGGGUUUCCGAUCUCCAGGCGUGAAAUUGUAAGCUGGAAAAUACGCGUACGGCGAAGAUUCAAAGCUACCACCGGCCAUUAUGCAAAGGUGGAUAAUGGCGUUGUCGUUGGUAGAAAAUGUCAGACAUCGGAGCAGGAAGCGUGAGAUAUGAGUGAAAGUGAAACAACUCUAUAAAAUAGAGAUUAUAAUUUCCCAAACUGCUUUGUAUAAUAUGAUAUAAGCAUGUCAGACGAGUAAGGUCGGAGGGCAUUAUCAUUCAGGCUGUCUGUCUCUAUCAAACACCUCAACAAACACAGCAACAGCAAAAAAUAAUUAUAAUACAAGGCGGACAGAAAGCGAACUGAUACAAAUCUUUAGGUAAUUUAUCUCUGACGCCUAUUUCUGCAUCAAAAGCCGCGUUGCAGAAGAGAAAUUGGAGGAGGAGCAUUUGGGUUUUGGAGAAUUUCAGGGGGGGGAAUGGCGUGGUUUUGGUGUUGCUCGAAACGGGAGAAGAACAAAAAUGGGUCAUCAGAGGUGGUCGGAAAUGGAGCCAAAGUGCAUACGGCUAGUGAAAUGGUAGAAAGCGCGACCGCCACUGCAUCUGCAUCUGCAUCUAAGGCGGGCAAAGGUCCCUCCCAGGGCCCUGUUUUAAUUGAGCUCUUUACUUCUCAGGGUUGCACAACUUCGCCCUCCGCUGAUCUGCUUAUUUCCAAAUUGGGGCGCGGUGAUAUGCAAGGAUUGGAGGUGGAUGUGCCUGUGGUUGUUCUGGCGUUUCAUGUGGAUUUCUGGGAUUAUCUGGGAUGGAAGGAUCCGUUUUCCAGUAGUCUCUGGACUGUGAGGCAGAGAGCCUACAGUCAAGCACUGCAGCAGGACAGCAUUUAUACGCCGCAGGUUGUGGUGCAGGGCCGGGCGCAGUGUUUGGGUUCCAAUGUCGAUUCGGUUAUCUCUCUUGUUCGAUCUGCGCCUCGAUUUACAGCUACCGACAUGCAGGCAACUGUGUCAAAACCCUCUGAAUCUACUCUGCAGGUGAGCCUUAGUGGCCCACUGAGGUUCAAAGUAGAUGGUUACAGUCUAGAUGUGUUGGUGGCUCUUUAUGAAAAUGAUCAUGUGACCGACUGCACAAAGGGGGAGAAUAAGGGCCGUGUUUUGACCAAUGAUUUUGUUGUCAAGGGUUUGGAGAAGGCCUGCACUGUUCGUGAUAUUUCUGCUCGAAAGACUGUCACUGGAAAAGUAACCUUCAAUCUAUGGGAAGGAUUUAGCAGAAAUAAAUGUGGAUUGGUCCUAUUUUUCCAGAACUCUUCAACCAUGGAGAUUCAAGGAGUCCAGAUUCUGACAUUGCCCAAUAACAUUUGAAGGUCGGAUUGUACCCGUUAAAUUAGCUGCAAGUUCAAUUUUGAGAUUCAUUUAUGUUUGUAUAUGGUGCUCUGGCAAUUAUAGGUCCAGAUCCAUUUUCUUGUGGCCUCUUGAUUUGGUGGGGAGAUCUUGAUCUGUGAUUGUGUGGAUAAUGCUUCAUGUAUAUUAAAUUUUGAUUCAAUUAUAUAUGAUUUCAGUUGUGUUA